AUGUCACCUACCCCGAGCCCAGCUUCCGGUGACGACGGCGUCACCCAACGAGCCACCCCAUCACAGCAACUAAAUAGGUCCUGUGAAUCAUGCCGGAACCUGAAAGUCCGUUGCCUCCCGGAUCACUCGUCCCCCACCCAGUGCCAGCGUUGUGUCAAGGCCAAGAGACCUUGUGUCUUCGUGGCCCCUCAAAGACGACGGCCGCGCAAGCGUACGGACUCGCGGGUGGCUCAGCUGGAGAGAGAGAUGCGGCAGAUGCGCUCUCUCCUCAAGGAUCGCAUUCGAAUGGACGAGAGCAGCACGGAAAGCACAGGGAGUGAGAGGGAGGAAUCCUUCGAGCCAGGCUCCGGGUCUGAUCCUAAGGAGCUUUUGUCCACUAUCCAAGAGACUGCUAGCAAUACAUCCGGGUCCACAAGACGUGUUGCCGCUUCUCCUGACUUUACAUCCUCCUCAUACCCUCAUACCCUUGACGAUGGUUCCGUUCUUGCCACGUCCUUCAACCCUAUCCCUGCCAGGUACUCCCCCGAAUUGGUCCCGGGCGAAGACGUCGUUGACCGGGGAGUGAUCACACUGGAGUAUGCCAACGAACUGGUGGCAUUCUUUAUCAGAGACUUGACGGCAUUUGCACCAAUAGUCGCGUUGCCACCAGACACAACAGCCGCCCAGCUGCGUCGCUCGAAACCAGUACUUUUUCUUUCUGUGAUCGCGGCGGCUGCUCUCUCUGUGGACGAAGGUCUCGCAACAGUGCUCAACCAUGAGAUGGUUCGGCUGUAUGCGGAACGGUUCUUCAUGAACGGCGACAAAUCCUUAGAGCUCGUCCAAGCCUUGUUGCUCAUGAUUAUCUUUUAUUAUCCUCCCGAUUCCCCCUCAAAGCUGCAGCAUUAUCAGUACACCCAUAUUGCUGCUACGAUGGCUUUAGAAAUUGGCUUGGCCUCCAAGCGCAAGGUGUCCGAAAGGGAGAACCGCAAACAUAACAAGCGUGGAUACGAUCACCACAUGGCUGAACAAGCGAGGAUCAUACUGGGAUGUUAUCAUCUGGCGUCGACGGUCGCAAUGAAAACUCGUCGGCCCAACAUUCUUGUUUUCAACGAUUGGAUGGAUGAGUGUGUCGCGUACCUUGAGGACUCGCCAAACACGCUCGAUAGACACAUGGCCACAUGGUUCGAGCUGCAACGAAUCGUUGACGAAGCCAUGGCUUCCUUUGGCCUGGAAGACACAAGUUCGACUAGCCCAUUGACGGAAUCGCGUGUUCAGGCUGUGCUAAGAUGGUUUGAUAAUCGGAUACAAUCCUGGAAAAAGAGCAUCCCCGCCGACCUGUUCACAGUCCACAUGGCUCUCGCGUACCAUUAUACAACCUUUGCCAUAUAUGAGUUGGCGGUUGGAGAAGGGUAUCGAGAUCCCGAUGCAAUCAAGCAACAAUAUUAUACACUUCCGGCACCGGAAGAUGCAAACGAUGAACCAAAUCAAACUCCACCAAGCGCUGUUCGUGUAGAUAUCACGAUUAAAUGGAUGAACGCGGCCCACGAGCUGCUCGAUUUCUUCCUCAAGUGCGAUACAGACUUGUUGCGGAAGAUGCCCAAUAUUGUCUAUACACAAGUCGGCGCAGCCAUGACGUCUCUUCUUAAGAUGCAUUAUUCAGUCAGGUCCGGGGGAUUAGGCGAAUUCAUCACUCCCCAGGCCGUCAAUGUUGAAAUGUACCUGGAGGCAAUGACCAGCCGACUCACUGAAGCCGGUGGCGGCGGGAAAUACAGAAUUCCCAGUCGAUGGCUUUAUGUCAUAGCCAUCAAGGGGCGGAGCUGGUACGAUCGGUUCCAUCAGGCGCUGACGCACAAAGAGGCUGGUCUGAUGACCCCCAUGAACACAAGCCCCUCGGCAUCCCAAGCUCCGAUGACCGUUCCGAACCCCCAGACAUACGACCCUGCAAACAUGUCACAACCCGCUGGGUCGUACACGAUGAGCGUGGAUGUCUCGCAGAUUUCGGCGUGGCACGCCAUGGGCGGGACUUAUGGAACCCCAACAUCCAUGGCGCCGACAUGGUCACCGGAUGGAAGCUCGAAUCCUCCCAGCCUUCUGGGUAUGAAUCAGUUCUCGACAUACCCGCCGGCCAUCGUGCCAUCCCAGUAUGGAUACGAGACCCAUCCGCAGAAAGUAAUGCAGGAGGAGUCGCCGCAUAGGGCAUCAUUAGCUCCCAACGGCAGCAUAGAACUCGAGAGCUGGGUUCCGGAGCGGAGUGUCAUGAGGAUGCCCAGCUUGCCGGAAAUUUAG